AUGAGUCAGGGGAACGAAGAAGCGGGGAAUCUCGUCAAGCAGAAACACACUCAUUUUCUCUUCAUUCCGCUCGGCAUCUCUACAACAGCAGGGUUCAGAUCAGUGUGCGUGGGUUCCUCUCUGUACACAGUGAACCGAGACUUGCCCUUCCCAACUAAUCUUACUUCCCAUCCCAUCGCCAAACUUUCCCCAGUACUUGUCCCCCCAACAGGUCUUCCCCCACCACACUCCCCAUACCCACAAGCAUCCCGACUACUGCCCUGUCUCUCCCCACCUGGCAUUCCCCGCAACAUUCUACACAUCAUCGGCUUUCCCCACCACUUCACAGUCAAAAUCCACACUCUCAUCACCAUCUCUUCCAGCAUCACCAUCACCAUCACCAUCACUGGCAUAAUGACCGUGAGAGUGGGGAUUGCAGACAGCCUUUAUUCACAGGGGCAGGCGGCCCUCAAGUGUGCCGGCGAGGCCCAGGGGCGAGGCCAGCAGGAUACUCCUCCACUGCAGGACGCCGUGCCCUCAGUGGCGGUUCAGAAUGCUGAAGUGCCGACACAGGCGGUGCUAGAGGAGGACAAGGCACAGGUGCUCUCCCAGCAAGAGGCGUGCCCCGCCAGGCAACAGCGUCCCGCCGCAGUGGCGGACGAGGCAAGGCCAGGCACUGGGUGCAGCAGAACCUUCCUUGCCUCAGCGGUUCUGAGAACGGCUGGCGCGGUGCGAGGUGUGGCUCCAACAACAACGUGCGCCAGUACCACACCAUCCUCAAAGGCCUGCAGCACCAGGCCUGUUGGUCCGCUGGUUCAGACUGGAGGCCCCUUGCUGUCAGGAAGCAACGCACAGGAGGAGCAAGCAGCACCAGACCUGCUGAGUCUCGGCAAGAGAGCAGAGCGUUUCAGAAUACCGGCCGUGUCUACACUGUGUUACUUCACCACACUGUUUUCUUCCAUCACCGCCAAAACCACAACCACUAUCACAUCACUCUCUCCCAUCACCACCAUUGCCUUCACCACAUCACCCUCACCACAACCUCCAGCACCAUCACCACCGCCUCUUCGUCCUUCACCACCCUCAUCACAACCUCCCAUCCUCCACCACGACGUCUCACCACAACCACCCACACCAUCACCACACAGAUUUGUCACCACCACCUCCUCCAGUUCACCACAUUCACCACUCACCACACUCAUGCCACCAAACAUGAGUAACAUUACUAACUUUAUGGAGGAGGAGGAGGAGGAGGAGGAGGAGGAGGAGGAGGAGGAGGAGGAGGAGGAGGAGGAGGAGGACAAGAGAGACGAAGGAAGAAGAAGAAAGAAGAAAGAAGAGGAAGAAGAGGAAGAAGAGGAAGAAGAGGAAGAAGAAGAAGAAGAAGAAGAAGAAGAAGAAGAAGAAGAAGAAGAAGAAGAAGAAGAAGAAGAAGAAGAAGAAGAAGAAGAAGAAGAAGAAGAAGAAGAAGAAGAAGAAGAAGAAGAAGAAGAAGAAGAAGAAGAAGAAGAAGAAGAAGAAGAAGAAGAAGAAGAAGAAGAAGAAGAAGAAGAAGAAGAAGAAGAAGAAGAAGAAGAAGAAGAAGAAGAAGAAGAAGAAGAAGAAGAAGAAGAAGAAGAAGAAGAAGAAGAAGAAGAAGAAGAAGAAGAAGAAGAAGAAGAAGAAGAAGAAGAAGAAGAAGAAGAAGAAGAAGAAGAAGAAGAAGAAGAAGAAGAAGAAGAAGAAGAAGAAGAAGAAGAAGAAGAAGAAGAAGAAGAAGAAGAAGAAGAAGAAGAAGAAGAAGAAGAAGAAGAAGAAGAAGAAGAAGAAGAAGAAGAAGAAGAAGAAGAAGAAGAAGAAGAAGAAGAAGAAGAAGAAGAAGAAGAAGAAGAAGAAGAAGAAGAAGAAGAAGAAGAAGAAGAAGAAGAAGAAGAAGAAGAAGAAGAAGAAGAAGAAGAAGAAGAAGAAGAAGAAGAAGAAGAAGAAGAAGAAGAAGAAGAAGAAGAAGAAGAAGAAGAAGAAGAAGAAGAA